CACGCCCUCAAGAUCUGGCGCGAAACAAAGCCAUGCUAGAUAGGGAGUCCUGUUAGACUUUUUGUGGGGUCAGUGUGCCUGAGCUGAGUUGAUUCAAAAUUCUGGAAAUAUUAACUCAUUUAGAGGGAAGCAGUUUUUCAAAAUGAUCGGGCAGAAAACCAUUGCAUCAUAUUUCGGUCCUGUAGCUAAGAAAAGAACUUUAUCUGAAGUUUCAGAGGAAGGAGUCGAGAAUGGGAAGGACAACUAUCAAGAAGAGGAGCACAAUGGCAUGAGGACCCCCGUCAAGAAGCUCAAGGCCGGGUCGGACGGAGAGGAAGCGCCGCCGGUCAAACCCAGCUCCCCGCUCAGCCCCGAGCAGCUGUCCCGCAUCGAGAGGAACAAACAGGCGGCCCUGCAGAGACUCGCAGCCCGCAACGUGCCCCCGGGCUUUGGGGAGAGCUGGAAGAAAGAGCUGCUGAUGGAGUUCAGCAAACCGUACUUUAUUAAGUUAAUGGGAUUUGUAGCAUCAGAGAGGAGGCGGUGCACAGUUUACCCACCACCACAUGAAGUCUUCAUGUGGACAAAGAUGUGUGACCUCCAUGAUGUGAAGGUGGUUAUUCUUGGCCAGGACCCGUACCACGGACCGAACCAGGCUCAUGGGCUGUGCUUCAGUGUAAAGCGCCCAGUGCCGCCACCACCCAGUCUGGAAAACAUGUUCAAGGAGCUUCAAUCAGACAUUGAAGGAUUUGAGCCCCCAGGACAUGGCGAUCUAACUGGUUGGGCUAAGCAAGGAGUGUUGCUGCUGAAUGCGGUCCUCACUGUGCGAGCACAUAAUGCAAACUCUCACAAGGAGCAUGGCUGGGAAGAUUUCACGGAUGCAGUCGUGUCAAGUCUGAAUAACAAGCUGGAUGGCUUGGUGUUCAUGCUGUGGGGAGCGUACGCACAGCGCAAAGGCAGUGCCAUCGACAGGAAACGUCACCAUGUACUGCAAACGGUUCAUCCCUCUCCACUGUCUGCGCACCGAGGGUUCUUUGGCUGCAAACACUUCUCCAAAACCAACGAAUUGCUGAAGAAAUCAGGAAAGGCACCCAUCAAUUGGAAGCAGUUGUGAGCCCGAUCAGGAGAGUGUGUUCCUGGGACCCUGCUGGCCCUAAUGACACCGAUCACUGAAGAUUUCUCAUGAGCCCAAGCUGGGCAGGAUUCCUGAUUUUAAGUGGCUGAAGGGGCCUCUAUUACUGGAUAGUUAUAUGUUGAAUCUCUGGGAAUGUAGUGCUUACUGAAGAGAUCAGAUUGAUCAUUUUUCUUUUGUUCCGAUGGCCAAUGAAUGUUCAGGAGGAGUUAAUAUCCCUUAGUUACAGAAUUUCCACAAAGUCAUGCAUUUAGUCCAUGACUAGAAGCUUUUAAAUUGUAAUUUCAUUGUAAAUAUGUCUGUGCAUUCAUUAAUCUGUUUAAUGUUCUGUUUUGCUGUAAACUGCUUUGACAUCGACUUGUAAAUAUGUUUUAAAUAAAAAGCUUUUUCUA